AUGAUAAGGCGUUACCAGAAAUGGCCAAUUUAUGCCACAAAGCGAUUAGUGGAGAUAAUUCCACAACUUUGCUUACAAGGCCAAAAACACACAGUUGUAGCAAACAUACUUUUUCACCUCCUUCCAACAAAUUCGCACACUUCUAGUACUGAAAUCGCACAUUGUUCAGAUUGGAACAAUUUGUUCUGCAAUGACUACAUGGAAACUUUGAACUAUCUAUACAACAAUCACUAUAAACUCAAUUCUGUUAGUAAUUCGACCUACAGUUUAAUUGAUAGAGUUAAGCCUGAUUGUGGUAUGAAGGAAAUAAUAUUCAGCCCAUUUAAUAUGAAAAUAUUAAAUGAAGUUAGUCCUAAAAUCUACAGCUCACAAAGAGAUCUACUCAUCUCAUCCCUAGAAUAUUCUCUUCUCAAGUUCAGUAAAUAUUAUACAAAUGUUAAGGAAAAUAUCGAUAUAAAUGGGUUGUAUACUUCUGUUGGAAUAGACUUUUUAAAACUAAUAGAUUUGCUCAAUUUAGACCAUAAAUUGUGUGAACUCAGUCCACAAAAUGUAAAUGAUAUAUUCUAUACUCUUUUUAAAGGUGAUGAAUUUAACCGUAUUACAGCUCUACAUUUUUUAAAUUCAUUACUGAACAAUACUAAUAAUGGUAGAAAACUUGAUAGAAACGAGGAGAUGGAUAUAUCAACUCCUUUGCUACAUGGUUCAGUAAGGCCAUUGGACAUACUAGUAAUGAUAUGUGAAGUGGAGUGUAAAAAGUCACUAGAAUUAUUUCUCAACAUUAUUCCCAGACAUAUGAAGCCACAGUGUUUUCUGUUUUUGAAAUCUGUUGACAAACACACAGGUAAUUUUUCCUCUAAACACUCUAAUUAUAAACUGUAUAUAGGGUUAUUGAAAUACGAGUGGGCAUUCAAUGAAUGUGAAUCUAUGCUAAACACAACUAAUUAUCAAUCAAUAUCACCAAAUGAUAAAACGAAACCAAAGGAUUACACCUUUGAUGAAAAUUUGGAAUAUGAAUUGGUAGUAAAUACAGUGGCCAGUUUAUAUAAAGCCUUUAAAACUAUAAAAGCUUUAGUAUCUAAUAAUUCCCAGACGACUGAAGAAAAUGAGUUAAAUUGUGUAAAAUUACCAAAGAAUAUGAUUUCAGUACAUUUUGAACCUGAUAUAGUUGUAGUAUCCACUAAAAAGGAUAUGUUUGUAGUUGAUUUACUAAUUAGAGACACGCUUUACAGGUCAUCACUCUAUGAACUACUGAACUUCAUUUGGGCUUGUAACAUACCUAAAGUUGGACACCAGUUCCUGCUUAAUAUCGCAAAACUUUCAACAGAGUUCAAUCAACCUUUCAAACAUUAUAAUCACAUUAUUGAUCUUAAGGAUAACCGUGUGAAGCGUGUGAAGGCAUACAGAGAUGACACUUUACAAGAAAUUACACAUUUUAAAAGAACUAGCAUUAAAAAGAGCCUAAGGGGAAUCCUACAGGAAUAUAACAUACCAAUGCCGAUAAAAAGUCGUUGGAAUACACAUCUUAGACCAAUACCUGUGGAUAGAAUAAAAUAUCUGUGUAUAGUAGGUAGAGGGAUUUUGGCUGUGGAAUACCGUCUUAGAUCUGAAGGAUGGAGUCCAUCAUCUACUCUAACCUAA